UUUGUUCCCCUACAGGUCAUGGAAUGGGUGAUCAGAGAGAGACCCUACAAGCUGAGUGAGCUUGAUUACUCCUAUCUCCUAGAGUUCACGGCUAAAGUUCAUGGCAUUUCUGAAGCCGAGAGCCUCUUCCUCCGUAUACCUCAAGAAUUCCGGAAUGAGCUGCUCUACAAUAACCUUGUAAUGGCUUGUUUGGAGCAGGGCUUGAUUAAGCUUUCAUAUGGUUACCUGAGGAAGAUGAGGGAACUGUCCCUGCCAAUUUCACCGUACGUUUACAAUCGCUUGAUCAUCCUCCAUUCUUCUGAGGGGCGUAGGAAGACUAUCUCCAAAAUCCUCGCUCAGAUGAAAGCCAGUAGAGUGACCCCCCACACCUCAACCUACAACAUCUUGCUGAAAAUACAGGCCAAUGAUCACAAUAUUGAUGGAGUGGCGAGGGUGUUCAGUGAUAUGAAAAGAGCAAAGAUUGAGCCAAAUGAGAUCACUUAUGGCAUUCUAGCAAUUUCACAUGCUGUAGCAAGGCUAUAUACUGUUUCCCAGACAUACAUAGAAGCCAUCAAGAAUUCUAUGACAGGUACUAACUGGUCUACACAGGAAAUUCUUCUUAUCCUGUAUGGGUACCUUGGAAAGGAACAUGAGCUAAAGAUGACGUGGAACCUCAUGCAAUGCCUUCCUCAUAUUCGAUCCAAAAGCUUUACACUAGCAAUUGAAGCAUUUGGAAAGGUUGGCUGUGUUGAGCAGGCAGAAGAGAUUUGGCGAGAGAUCAAAUCAACAAGGAAGCUAAAGCUUACAGAACAGUUCAAUUCCAUGUUAUCAGUUUACUGCAGGCAUGGCCUUGUGGAUAAAGCAGCGGCCGUGUUCAAAGAAAUGAGAGCAAGUGGUUGUCAACCAAAUGCUAUUACGUAUCGUCACUUGGCAUUGGGUUGCUUGAAAGCAGGUUUUGUGAAACAAGCUGUGAACACAAUGGAUAUGGGAAAAAAGGAAGUUGUCACAAGGAAGGUGAAAAGUUCAACACCAUGGUUGGAGACCACUCAUUUAUUGCUUGAAAAUUUUGCAGAGAUUGAUGACUUAGAAAAUGCGAAGAAAGUUUUUGCAGAACUGAAUGAAUCAAAGUACUGUAGAAAUUCCUUUGUGUAUAAUACCCUUCUAAAAGCUUAUGUUAAAGCAAAAGUUUAUGAGCCAGAUUUUGUAAAGACGAUGAUUUUGAGAGGUGCAAUGCCUGACGCCGAGACACAUAGCCUUCUGGGACGUGGCUCGUCUGACGUACGGCCCACACACUGACGUGUGGGCCCGGACCCACCCAUCAGCGGCCCAACGGUAGGGGGCCGUACGUCAGGGGAUCCGGCUCCAGCCUUCUGAGACUGAUUGAACAGUACAAGACAUGAUACUGUCCAUACAGUAACCACUAACCAACUGCCGGGGCUUUGAAGGAUUAGGAUGAAAAGGAAACAUCAGUGCUAAGUUGAGCCAUUUCUUCUGCACACGAUGCAUUCAAUCGUCAUUUGACUGUGGGAGUGGUACAUGAACAUGUGCACAAUCCAAUUGAUGAAUGCACCUUCUUUUGGUAUCCAAGCAGGUUGCCCAAAACUUGCAUGGUCAAAAUAUCGAAACUGGUGUUUCCUUUGUGUAUGAGUUGCAUAAAACAAUCAGUUAGGUCAGCGAGUCUUUGUUAGAAUGUAUAGUUUUUUUAUUGCCAUUUUGAUUUUGUUUCUGAAACAUUGCAGGAGAUCUGCAUUUCACUUAA